AUGGAAAGGUGUAGGUAUUCGUGCUCUUCGCAACUUGGUGGCGAAGCAAGGUCCCGAAGUCCUUUUCCUUCAAGAAACCAGAUUAACUGCGAAGGAAAUGGAAAGAGCUACUCACGGAACCACAUCGACGCUGUGCUGACGGAUGUUGGUGGGAAUAAAUGGAAGGCUCCUCCAGCAGACUUCCUGAAGCUGAAUGUUGAUGGGGCAACCUUUCAUCAUCUUCACAAAGCUGGGGUAGGUGUUGUUUUGAGAGACCAAACAGGAACAGUGCUAAUGGCUGCCUCAAAAGGAGAAAGGGAAGUGGCUGAUCCAGAAAUGAUAGAGUUCCCGGCGGUUCUUCAAGGGCUUCAGCUUGUUAUGUCUAUGGGCAUCUCUCGGUUAGUCAUUGAAUCAGACUGCCUAUUUGUUGUUUCACAACUCAAUGACGAGGAGUCCAUUAGUCUGUCGCCUUGGAGCUCCAUCAUUGCUGAUAUUAGGUGCCUGUUGUCUGUGUUUUUGGAUGUCAAAAUAUGCCAUGUGAAUAGACUAGGGAAUGGGGUAGCACAUGAACUAGCUAGGCAUGCGUGGGAAGUUGAGUCCAUUCAAAUGUGGUGGGAGGGAUUUCCAGACUUUAUCUCUCAUGCUAUUUGGCUUGACAGUCGUCUGUAA